GACUGAAGAUAAUGAAUAUUUAUAGACCCCAACUGGGAUCGCAACGCAUGGUGAUAAAACUGCUGUUGCUUAGUAGUUGUGGAACUCCUGUUAGAGAAUAGCAGUGAGGCUGCUACUCAUAACUCCUGACGAUGAGCGGAAUCCACAAGAGUCUCUAUUACGUAUAUCCACCAUCUCAAGCGAAUGACAGAUUUGGUUGGUAUGGCACAUCUAAGAAGUCAGCAAGCAUGUGGAAUGGAUUUACGUUACUAUACUAUGUCCUUUUCAGUGUGAGCUUGCUUUUUUUGCCGUCCACCAUAACAUCUAUCGUGUCUUUCUCUUUUUCUUAACCUGCUGUUUCUCAUUCUGUCUUUGCGAUUUUACUCUCCUUAUCAAAACCUUUG